AUAUUGCGCUUGAUCGGACACCCACAAAUAAGGUGCGCGUGCGAAGCGUGCGAAGAAUUUUCGUGUAUAAAACCGUUGCAUAAAUCAACAGCCAUCGGCAGCAACAACAUGUCGACGCCACCAGAGCAGCAACAACAUGUGCGCGGGGAAGCAGCGCAACAAGUGGAAGCUGCCUCGGCAUUGACUGCACUGCCCACGUCCAUUGCUGAGAGCAAGGAGCUAACCGGUUUGACGCAUGAAUGUGGAGUGUUUGGGGCCAUUGCCUGUGGCGAUUGGCCCACGCAGAUGGACAUUGCGCACGUGAUUUGUCUGGGCCUGGUGGCGCUGCAGCAUCGCGGCCAGGAGUCGGCUGGCAUCGCCACCAGCGAGGGAAAGAGCUCAACAAACUUCAACGUCCACAAGGGAAUGGGCAUGAUCAGCACCCUCUUCAACGACGACUCGAUGAAGAAGCUGCGCGGCAACUUGGGCAUUGGGCACACUCGCUACUCCACCGCCGGUGGCUCAGGGGUGGUCAACUGCCAGCCCUUUGUGGUGCACACGGCCCAUGGUGCCAUGGCACUGGCUCACAACGGUGAGCUGGUCAACAAUGAAUCUCUGCGGCGCGAGGUAUUGGCCCGUGGUGUGGGUCUUUCCACCCACAGCGACAGCGAGCUGAUUGCCCAGUCGCUGUGCUGUGCACCCGAGGAUGUGUCCGAGCUGGACGGCCCCAACUGGCCGGCCAGAAUCAGGCACUUCAUGAUGCUGGCUCCACUCUCCUACUCGCUGGUCAUCAUGCUUAAGGACAAGAUCUACGCGGUGCGCGACACCUAUGGCAAUCGGCCUCUGUGUAUUGGAAAGAUUGUGCCCAUCAACGCGGGCCACGGCAACAGCUCGGAGACCCCGGCCGAUGGCUGGGUGGUGUCGAGCGAAAGUUGCGGCUUCCUCUCGAUCGGCGCCCGCUAUGUGCGCGAAGUGGAGCCUGGCGAAAUCGUGGAGCUGACACGCAGCGGCUACCGCACUGUGGACAUUGUCGAGCGUCCGGACUUCAAGCGCAUGGCAUUCUGCAUUUUCGAGUACGUCUACUUUGCCCGCGGAGACAGCAUCUUCGAGGGCCAGAUGGUAUACUCUGUGCGCAUGCAGUGCGGACGGCAGCUGUGGCGUGAGGCUCCCGUCGAGGCGGAUAUAGUGAGCUCGGUGCCAGAGUCUGGCACAGCGGCGUCCCAUGGCUAUGCCCGCGAAUCUGGACUGGAGUUUGCCGAAGUGCUUUGCAGGAAUCGAUAUGUGGGACGCACCUUUAUUCAGCCCUCCACACGACUUCGCCAGCUGGGAGUGGCCAAGAAAUUCGGUGCUCUGUCGGAGAAUGUGGACGGAAAGCGCCUGGUCCUCAUCGACGACUCCAUUGUGAGGGGCAACACCAUUGGGCCGAUUAUCAAGUUGCUGCGCGACGCUGGGGCCCGCGAGGUACACAUUCGCAUUGCUAGCCCCCCACUGCAAUAUCCCUGCUACAUGGGUAUCAAUAUACCCACGCGCGAGGAGCUGAUUGCCAACAAGCUGAAUGCCGAUCAACUGGCCCGCCAUGUGGGCGCCGACAGCUUGGCUUAUCUGAGUGUCGCCGGUUUGGUGCAGGCUGUGCAGCUGAAACAGCAGUCGGCCGAUGUGGGCGAUGGAGAUGGCAAGGGCAAAGGCAAGGCCAUGGGUCAUUGCACCGCCUGCCUCACCGGCGAGUAUCCAGGCGGCCUACCCGACGAACUCAGCUGGUGAUCGAUGGAU